GAUGACCUCCUGAGGUCCCUUCCAAUCCUGAUAUUCUAUGAAAUCAUUCAGGAGGUCUUUAACUGAUACAACCAGGGCCCCAGCUGCUCUUGGAUAGGAAGGUGAGGGCCACACCGGUCAGCCAAUGAAUGAGUCCUGCAGCCGCACUGAGGGGGCAGCAAGAUAAAGUUAGGAGACAUCUUCCCCCCCAACCAAUGCCCUGGCUGCACCUCUGCCUGGCGGGGGGAAGGUGGCCUGUGCCAGCCGGCUGAGGGGGAGAGGGAAAUCAGGGCGCCCCGCGGUCUCAGGGUGGACUAGAACCCAGGCACCCGCCUGGCGCCCCCUAGAGGCGGGAGCAGGCAGAGCGGAGGGGCCGCCAUUUUGUUUGGCGCUGUUUCCACGGAGACCAACCAGCGCGGGUCCGGCACACACCGGCCGGGGUGAGCGGGCAGCAGCGGCGGCGGCGAUGGCGCGCUCCGGCCUGGAGGAGCUGCAGCUCACGGCCGAGGAGGUGGAGCGGCUGAAGGGCGCCUUCCGCGACGAGCGGUUCCGGGCGCUGCUGGCGGAGUACGCGGCGGAGCUGGCCGACCCGGAGCAGCGGCGGCGGUACGAGGAGGAGGUGACGGCGCUGGAGCGGGAGCGCGGGGUGGAGGUGCGCUUCGUGCACCCGGCGCCGGGCUACGUGCUGCGGACCAGCCAGGGGGGCGCCCAGCGCUGCUACCUCAACGUCUGCAGCAACCCGCUGCUGGGCCGGCCCCAGGCCCGCGCCGAGCCCCGCGGCCACCGCUGGGCCCUGCCCUACAGCCUGGCCCCCGGCCGCGAGGAGCUGGGCCGCGCCGGCCGCCGGCGCCUGGUCUACGACGUGGUCUUCCACCCGGAGACGCUGCGCCUGGCCGCCCGCAGCGCCCGCUUCAGGCGCAUGGUGAGCGACACGGCGCUGGAGGCGGUGCAGAGCCGCUUCGGGGUGCGGCUGGACCGGGCCAACGCCGUCCCGCUGCGGGGCACCGCCUACAAGGGGGUCCCGCAGGCCUCCGUCAUCCGCACCCCGCUGCCAGGGGGCGCCCCGCCGCGGGCCGAGGAGCCCGACUCCCCGCUGCCCCCCUUCCCGUCCCCCUACUCCUACCCCGCGGGGCCCGGGAGCAGCGCCCAGCACCAGCCGGCGCCCGGCCCCCCGGCGGGGGAAGGGGCUCGGCCCCCGGCCCCCACCACGCCCCGCUGGAGCCUGCGGCACCGCUCGUACGUGGAGCUGCAGGACUACCGCUGCUGCCGGGACUCGGCGCCCAGCCCGGUGCCCCGGGAGCUGGUGGUGACCAUCGAGCUGCCGCUGCUGAGCUCCGCCGGCCAGGCCGCCUUGGAGAUCCGGGGGCGGGAGCUGCGCCUGGACUCGCAGCGCCCCGCCUACCGCCUCCGCCUCCGCCUGCCCUACGCGGUGGAUGAGCCCCGUGGCCAGGCCACCUUCAACAAGGCCAAGCGGCAGCUGCUGGUCACACUGCCCGUCCUGCCCCCGCCCGGCCCGAGCCUGGCGGCCCCUGCAGAGCCCAGCGGAGUGAGCCCAGAGGAGCCCGAAGUCGGCCCGCCUUCCUCAGGAGGCCUUGGUACGGGCCGGGAGCAGCGGGAAGAGGCUGGCCCUGCAGCCGGGGAGGAGGAGGAGGAGCUCGGGCUGCCUCCAGCUGAGCAAGCGUGUGCGCCAGGCGGUAGCGGCCGGGCCCCUAGCAGCCUGACUCCUCCCGUGAGCGCGGUGUGCCCCGGCAGCAUGGAUCUUACCUCGUGCACCACCACCAGCAGCGAGGUGGGUCCUCCCCUGGUACCCAGUAACGGCACAGAGCUUCCCACCUGUCCCAGCACCAGCCUGCGCCCUGCCGUGCCCACCGAGUGCCUUGGCUGCAGCGGCUACCCACACCUUGCCGCUCCGGUUUGUCCCCCCUUCCAGUGCACCCAAGACGAAGAAUCUCUGACCCUGCUCUUGCAGGUGCCAAACAUCCAGCCAGAGAGUGUGAAGGGGGAAGUCGGCACAAAUCACUAUAGACUCGGUUUCUGUUCCAAGGAUGCUGCUUCCUACUCCUUCCUCCUACAGUUUCCUCUUGAAAACAAGCUGACCCCCCCAGAGACUGGUAUUAAUGUCUCCCCCAACAACGCUGUAAUAGGACUAGCCAAAUCUCCUGAGAGUGCUGGACUUUGGGGGAAGAUGUACUUCGGCUUAAACAGCAAGGCUCUGCAGGAAAGGUUGUUUGUCAGUGAAGAAAAUGUUGAUGAAUUUCUGGACAAUGUCUUGUGCCCUUCAUUCCUCAAACAGACAACACUGGAAAGCCAACCAUUAAUUGAAGUACUUGAUGUUACUGAGGUCAAAAGUCAAAUCAGAUUAAAGUCACAGGAGAUUAAACAUUGUGAACUUGGUGAAAAAGAACAAACAGUUAACAAUUCAGGAAGAGAUCAAGUUGAAAAAGAGAAUAGAAACUACUUCAAAACAAAUAUAGAAGCUAACCAUACUGCAGAUACCACCGUUGGAGAACAUGGUACGGAAACGGACAUGACUUCUGGAUCUUUUACAACUGAUAAAACAAUAGUAGUAGAAGAUUGUAGUUCAGGCCAUUGUUUGCAGCUUGAACCUAUUGACACUAGUUUAGCAAUUUCUGGGAAAUCUCAGAUAAAUGAACCACAGUUAGAACUUGCUUUCACAACAGGCAAAAAUGCCACGUCCUCAGUCUGUGAAAAGCAAGAAUUACUUCAUUUGGAAGAGCAGGCAAAAAUAAGGGAUGAAGAGGUCAUGUCUUCAGAGCCAGCAGAAGAGAACCAACAUAAUUUGAACUGUAGACCAGUUUCUCCAAUUAUAAAGGAAAUUAAUAUGCAAGAUGGAAGUGUGCAAAUGGUUAGAGAUCACACAACGCACUGUGCAUUAAUUUUUCAAAAUUCUUUGUUGUAUGAGUUGGAUUAAGUUAUGUCAGGAUUUUAAUUAUAAUGGUCAGUUUAUCCUCUGCAGUUCAGGCUUCUGGUUUUUUUGGCAUUUAAAUCAUUGCAUGGAAAGCAGAAAUCUGAACCUGAGUCUGACAGCUUCAAUAAGAGGAAGCGAUUUAAUUGUUUUGUUUAAAUCGUUUUGUUUAAAUCAACUUUCGUUAAUUUUGAUUUUUUAAAAGUUUUAAACUUUCUUUAAAAUAAAAGUAUUUUCAAAAGAAAUGUUCAGUUGAGUAGAAAUUAAAACAUAUAAACAGCAACAGUAGAUUACCCAAUGAAUCAAGAUCCAAGUCCAGGUUCUUGAAGGGAAAGUAAUCUCUCUAAUGUAUUGAAGUUUUUGUAAUGCUUCUCUCCAGAUUUGCUAUCUUUGUUCAACCUAAUGACAAACAAUACCCAUCAUUUGAAGUAAAUAUUUGCCAAUAUUCAUUUUGUGGAUUGUAGGGUUAGACUGCUAGUGAUUUUUGGCAAAUAGAAUUUUUCAUUCCAUGGAGAAGCCCACUUUUUAAUUAGUCUCCUUAAAAUAAAUGUUUAUGCUGCUAUCUUAUCCUACUACUUUCCUUCAGAUAUAUAGUAUCCAAAUACACCAAUGCAACCAUGUUUAAACUAAUUUGUUUCUUUGUUAUCCAGUGUAUUAAAACCUGCAUUUCCCAACCUCUCUGCAUUUAUUCAUGUAUAAUCUUCUAAUAUGGAGUCAAUUUGUCUAAAUUAUUCCUACCACUCAAAAUAAGUUUCCUGGGGUUUAAAUAUGCUGCCUGUUGGGAUUGCAUGGCAGUGGAAAGCAACAAUAAGCAAGCACAUUUUUAAGCUUUGAUAUUAAACUUUCAGAUCCCUUUUCUGUCACUUAACCCCCCCCCCCACACACACACAAAAAAGUUCCUUUAAAAACUGUUGUACAUGCUGAAGAAAAUGUACUUCUGAACGAACUUAAGUUAAAUUAGAUUUACAGUUCAAAUCUCCCAUAAAAUUAGGUUGCUUACAUAGCUGUGCCAACCACAAGUACUUCUUGGGGCUGCAUAUACUUAACAGAGCAAGUACUGAAUUUUAUUGCUUGUGACAACUCUAAAAUGUAUAUACUGUGUUGGUUCCAGGAUAUUAGAGACACAAGGUGGAUAAGGUCAUUUUUAUUGGACCAACUUCCUGUUGGUGAGAGAUUUACACUGAGCUUUUCUUCAAGUCAAAUCUGAAGAAGAGCUCUGCAUAAGCAGGAAAGCGUCUCUCUCUCAAACAGGAAGUUGGUUCUACCUCACCCACCUUCCCCAACUCUAAAAUUUGACAGUUAAAUUACCCAGGAGAACAAUCUGUUUUGGCACACAUUCUGUUUUUUGAAAAGUAAUAAAACAUCCACAUAUUGAGAUGGCUUCAUAACAGUUGUGUUUCCUUUCCAGUGAAUACAUUUAAGCAAUUUAUUCACAUCCCAUAAAGGAGGAGAGAAAAUUAAGAAUAGAGUUUUGUUGAAAGUUACGUUUUAUCUAUCAACACACAAGUUAAGCAGUUUCAUUGAGCAAUAAUUAUUUUUAGACAGGAACAAAAGGCCACUGACCCUCUAUUAUCUUAAUACAAGUGCAGUAGAGUUUUCUUCAGCCUUAAUGUAACAAAUUUAUCCACUUUUUUUUUUAUGAAUGUCUAAGUCAUCUAGCUACAUGAAAGUACUUUUAGAAUAAUUCCUGUCACCCAAUUUUUUCAAGCUUGGUAGGUAUUUGAUAUGGUUUAUGGGGACUAGCUGAUGUUUAGAGAGUGACUGCAUUCCAGCUGUGACGUACAUUCCCCCUCUGUACUUUGUCUAAGCCGUUCAGUGAAAUCUGUUUUAAGGCUAUUCCACAGAACUUCUUUAACUAGUAUUGAUAAGUUUGUUAUACUUCAAUGGUAAGUGACAUUUAAAAAAAUGCAUCACUACAGUUAGAAUAGACAAAUAUUUCACUGUAACAAAUGGCAUUGUUUUGUAUUGUUUCUGGCUUUCAGUUCCAGUUCAACAUGUUUUAUUAAACAGUAUGUUUAUUCUUUUUAUAUGGCUGACUAA